AUGUCCACAAGCAUCCUAUGGAUGAACAGCCCAUGGCGUAACCCCGCGAUUGUUUUCGAGGACCUGCCAGAGUCGCUCAUCCUUGAAGACCUAAAACGAUCGUGGCACUUCCAAAGAGAGGCACACUUCCGCUGGAUGCAAAAGUUUAUUUGGACCACGAACGACUGCUAUCGCAUUGUCCUUCGUAACGUCGAAGGCAUGGUAGGCGACAUAGCAAAGGAGAUGUGCAAUAAGCCUACAACUUUCUAUUGGCUUCAGUCUGCGCAGAAAGGUGCACCCGAUGCCGCCGAGAAGUCUAACAUGGCUGGUAUAGUCUUUGCAGCUAUAUACGAAGAAUGGCAUGGAAGCUCUGUUGGGCCAAACAUCGAGUUUGGUCAUUUCUUCGCAGCACCCGUUCGAAUUACAGCUACGGGCCCAUCGAGCCUACCACAAAUCUUGAGGGCACAUUGA